AUGAAAACACACAAGUCAGAAGCUCUUGGUGUUUUAGAUGAGCUAGCAGAUUUAGAUAUCACUGAAGAUUUUCUAAGAGAGGAAUGGGCUGCUCAACUGGUUGCACAGACUAAGCCAAUGCCCCGUCAAUCCAAGAAUCUGGCAGAUAAACUCAUUGAAGAGAUUAUGCAAUUGAAAGAGGAUACAGAUUCGUGCAAUAAAGAGAUAUACAAGUUUGAGGAUAAGAAGCUACAGGACCACUCAGUGUCUCAAAUCAAGCAGAAGGAACCUGGUAUUCAACAGCUUGCAAAAAAAUACAAUGAGUUAUGUGGAGAGUUGGAGGCUAUGAUUAAGAAGAAACAAGCACCAUGUGGUGCUCGUGCACCUCAUCCUAUUGCCAGUGAUGGAUUGUUCAAGCUGGAUGUUGAUGAUGACAUAUUGAUACGCGUUGCACGGGGAUGA